AUGGGCAGCGGCAGCAGCCGGAGCGGCCGGGCCCUGCGGCGCCUCCGCGGCCCCGACAGCCGGCCGGCGGGCCCGGGCGGGGCGGCCCCGGACUCGGCGCCGGCGGAGGCCCGGGAGGAGGUCCCCGAGGCCGCGGGGGCGGCGGCGGCGGGUCCGGCCCCCGGCCCCACAGCGCCCCCCGACUGCCGGGACGAGACGCUGCGCCUGCUGGACCAGCUGCUGGCCGAGUCCGCGGCCUGGGCCCCGGGGGAGCCGGCCCCGCGGCGCCCGGCGCGCCCCCCGCCCGCCGCCGGCGCGGGCAGCCGGGUGUCCCCCGAGUGCAGUGCCGAAGACCACCCGGAGAGCAGCAGCGCACCCCAAGCCCCUGGCAGCGGCCACCAGCGGCCGGAGAGGCGAUCGGUCAUCGUGUACGACUGCUCGGAGGAGGAGCUGAUGGCCAGCAUCGAGCAGGAGUACUGCCACUGA